AUGAUGAACAUAAACGUUGGAGUGUUGGGACAUGUAGACUCAGGCAAAACAAGCUUGUGUAGGUGCCUAAGUGAGGUCUUAAGUACGUGUGCAUUGGAUAAGCAUAAGCAAAGUCAAGAGAAAGGAAUAACUAUAGAUUUAGGAUUUUCUUGUUUUUAUCUCAAAAGAAAAGGGAAAACGAAUACUAAGCGUGAGGAUGAAGGGUUUAACAACGCUGACUUGAAAUGCGUGGGUCAGCGCUUAUGUCAAAGAUCUGGAAAUCAGAAUUACAUCAACACAGAUGAAGGAGAAAAUGGUUCCCAAGUGGUUGCACAUCAAGGUUUCUGUCUCGUCUCGGGAAGUGAACAGAUGGGUGUACCCAUGUUAGAUUUACCCACUCCAGAUGCACUCACGUUAGAUGUACCCACUCCAGAUGAUCACACCGGAGACACGAUUCAGGUAUGCCUAGUAGACUGUCCUGGGCACCACUCACUCCUUAAUUGCAUAAUAAUGGGAGUAGAAAUAACAGAUAUGAUAUUUUUACUAAUAGACAUUAACAAAGGAAUACAGAAGCAGACAAUCGAAUGUCUUGUUUUGUGCGAAAUAGUUCAGCGCAGCGUUAUCAUCAUUCUUAACAAAAUCGAUCUUAUACCAUUUGAAGAAAGAGAAAAGAAGAUAAAAAUUAUGAAAAAAAAGAUACAAAAUGCAUUCAGGACUAAAUCUAGCUUAAGGAACUUAAAGUAUUACAUAAUUGCACUAUCGACUCGUGUGAAGAGGUUAGACUACACCUCUGAUCGAUUUACGCACAACAGUAAUGAGAUACACCCCGAGGACAGAGUGCAAAAUGGUGAAACGACCAAACAGAAGCAAUCUGCCACAGAAUCGAAACGAAUGGGCACCACACAAAUGAGCACUACACGAAUGGGUACUGAACGAAUGGGUACUGAAGGAACAGAAAACAUAAGCGAACUGAUAAACCUCUUGAGGGAUAUCAUCGAAAUACCACAACGAGGAGAAGGAAAUUUAGAAGAUUUUUACUUCCUGUAUGAUCACACAUUCGACAUCAAAGGUAAAGGAACUGUAUACACAGGAACUGUAAUUAAUGGAGUUAUUAAAAACAACUGUAAUGUUGUCAUUUUACCAUUAAGUGAAAAAGGAAAAAUAAAAGAAAUCCAAAGUUUUAAACAAAAAGUUGAUCGAGGCACAAAGGGAAAUCGAUUGUCCCUUUUAAUAUGUAAGGGCAGUACAAAGAAUGUGAAAAAAAAGGUUGAAAGGGGUAUUAUUAUUUUUGAGAAAUCAUCCAUAUCUCACUUUUCUUUGUUCAUAUGUCGUGUAAAAUUAGUCCACUUUUAUGGAAAAUCUAUAAACAAUGCAGAGUUAUUGACAUGUAUCAUUGGCUUUUCCUCUUCUCCAUGUUACGGCUACUUUUUCAAACCGAUGAAAGGGUCUAACAGCGACACCUUUCCUACCCCCCAAGGAAUACAGUCCGCAGGAUCGUUGCACAGAUGCACAGCAGAAUCAUUGCACAGAUGCACAACAGAAUCAUUGCACAGAUGCACAGAAGCAUCACUGCACAGAUGCACAGAAGCAUCACUGCACAGAUGCACAGCAGAAUCAUUGCACAGAUGCACAGAAGCAUCACUGCACAGAUGCACAGAAGCAUCACUGCACAGAUGCACAGAAACAUCACUGCACAGAGACGCACCGACAUCCACGCCCCCAUUUGACAAAAACAGGAAUUAUGUGCUGAUCGAUCAGCUCAGUUCUAAGCAAGGAACAAUGGAUACCGAUGGGAAAGUCACUAAUUCUGGCAAGGCUUACAAUCACAACUGUAGGACAGAGGGAGGAGAUGACUCAGAACACGAGAAGAAGGAGGAAGGAGAAGAUGAUGUUUACUUCUUUGUUGUUAUGAAGAAGAAGAUACAUUGCUAUAGAAAUGAAAUGUGCAUUUUUUUAAAAAAUGAUGACAGUCUAAACUGCAGGAUAUGCUUGCACGGUAUCAUUGUGGAAAUAAUCGAUGAUGGUUAUCCCCAACAAAAUGUUCCAUUCAAUGUAAACAAAAAACCGACACUAAGUGAAUACUCAGAUUUUAAUCAUUUCAAAAUUUUGAGAGAAAAGGAAAAGGUUGGGAUAAUUGAAAGGGUGCAGCAAGACAACCAUACCAUUGUAUGUAGAAAUGUAUUCAAUUCACCUAGCCAAGUUAUUCCUUAUUUAAACCAAAAAGUUUACAUAACCGAUGCAAGUUAUAUGGAGAAUAAGAAAGAUAUACAUAUACGACACGUUGGUACUAUAACAACACCCUUUGCAAAAAGUGGAAAAUUUCUUGCCUACUUUGACGAUGAUAUAUCCACUGUUCAGAAAAAUUACAAAUCGUUUCUUGUAGUUAUUAAGUACUACAAGGAUGUGUUUUCCAAACGGAAUGUUUUCUUGUAG